AUGCGUCAAAGUAAACGGAUCAAGCAUUUAUCUUCCGUCUCUUCUUCCUUUCAAAAGCCCUCUCUUCUAUUUUUGUUUAUCUUCACUGCUGUGUCCGGGUCUUGUCCUAGUAAAUGUGGAGGAAUCGAGAUCCCAUACCCAUUUGGAAUCGGAGAGGGCUGUUAUCUCCAUAAAUGGUACGAAAUUUUAUGUAAUACCUCUAUUUCAGGUAAGCCCGUCCCUUUUCUUUCACUUGUUAACAAGGAAGUUGUGAAGAUAUCUCUUCCGAGUCAUUAUGGUUCUCUUAACAUGACACACGGGUCAGUUCGCAUAAAAAGCCAAAUAACUUCGAAAGGAUGCUCCUCCAGCGACGAAGACGGGUCUAGGUCACGUUUGAAUUUGACGGGGAGCCCUUUUUACGUUGGUCUCAGUAACACAUUGGUAGCGACUGGUUGCAACAACUCGGCAUCGUUGACAAAUGUCGAGCCAAGCAAGGUGGGAUGCACCUCAAGUUGUGUGGUAGCAAACCGUAAUACUUGGGAAAAUUAUCUCGCAGUAGUCAGUUGUAAUAGUCAAAACCCUAGUCCUUACAUCGACCCUUACGAGUACUACUGUACUAAAAGAAGUUUUAAAAAUGAAACCACAUGCAAUGGUAGUGGAUGCUGCAAAGCAAACAUGCCCCGUAGUAUUAAACAGGUUGUUGGUGUCACAAUAGAUGAUAAUGAUAACGCCACCACAACAGGAGCAGGAGGGUGUAGAGUUGCCUUCUUAACAGAUGAGUCAUACUCUUUGUUAAACGGAUCUGAUCCAAAUCUGCUUCACGCUAAACGAUAUGCUACAGUUGCGCUAGGAUGGUUCAUCUCUACGACUACGACUAACCCAUCAUUCAUAGAGUCUCUAGGAUGCCCGAGUAGGAAAGAGUACCAAAAGCUAGGUCGUCAAGGCAAAUAUAAAAGGCUUCAACCAAUAAAUUGUGUAUGUGACCAUACUUCAAGUUUUUCUAACUAUACAAGUUGCAUGUGCAAUCGUGGUUACACAGGCAAUCCAUACAUUCCGGGCGGAUGCAAAGAUAUUAAUGAGUGUGAGGAAGGAGAAUUUAAUGAUGGGAAUCCUUACGACUGUGGGAGAAUCGGUGGAGAUACGUGUAUCAAUUUGUAG